AUGUACCUGCUCCAGGUUAUUUCUGCUCUAUGUUCUAUCUCAUUUCUAUCGUUGGUCCCGUUCCGUCUAUGGAGACUUCAUACAGAAAAAAUCAAGAUUGUUCUAGAGCACCGCAGUCAUGCUAAGAUGAUAAUUUCGGUUCUACUUCUAGUCCUACAGUUAAUCGUAUUGAUAGUAGCAAUAUCACCAACGUCACAAUUUAAUGUUGGCCUUUUUUCUGUCACAGCGUCCUUUGUAGCCUGCAUCGGCCUUUGCCCAUUGCUGUUCCUGGAGCACACACGGUCUAUCAGACCAUCAGAUCUCGCUGUCGUCUAUCUACUUGUGUCUUUGGUAUGCGACGCUACCGAGUUACUAACAGUCCUUUAUCAAAAUGGGAUACCCCUGGCUCUCUUGCCGGCCGCAGCGAGUCUUUGCGUCAAGUUAGUGCUCCUAGUGGCUGAGAGUCAAGGAAAGGAGGCGAUACUGCGAGGUCCUUAUGAUCAGCAGCCUCCAGAACAGUUGGCUGGAAUUUUGAACAGGACGUUCUUUUGGUGGAUUAAUCCUGUUUUAGCCCAUGGAAGCCGUAAUGUUCUUACGGGAGACAGUCUUCCGUCUAUCGACGAGAAGCUUUCCUCAACGCUGCUACGACACCACGCCUUGCAAGCUUGGGAUAGGAGAGCUAAACCAGAGCGUAAUACUACAUUGCCACAGGUUUUGGUCCUGAGCAUGCUCCCAGAUUUUCUGGCGCCAAUUGUCCCUCGACUUUCCCUCAUCACUUUUCGCUAUGCGCAACCGGUUCUAAUCAGCACCGUAAUACGAUACAUCAGCAAGGCAUCAGAUGAGAAUUCGAAAACGGGCUACCUGGUAAUCCUGAUGGCUGUGAUUGUCUAUGUCGGUUUAGCGAUAUCUAAGGCAGUAUAUCAGCACCGCCUGAAUCGGUUGAAAGUCAUGAUUAGAGGCGCGGUCGUUGGUCUAAUCAACAAUAAGUCGUUGAACCAACAAUCCAGCAACUACAAUGACGGAAAAGCCGUGACACUGAUGAGUACCGAUGCAGAAAAUGUAGGCGGAGGUGCGCAGAUGUUCCAUGAAACAUGGGCCCAGACAAUCGAGGUCGUUGUAGGUACAGUCAUGUUAGCCAGAGAAGUAGGAUGGGUGUGCCCCGUACCACUUGUGAUCAUAUUCUUCUGCUCCCGAAUGAGCAGAUAUUUAGCUAAAACCCUACAAAAUAAGCAAAAGAAUUGGAAUCUAGCUACCCAGAAGCGCCUUGCUAUGACAACAUCGAUGCUUUCUUCAAUGAAAAGCUUGAAGAUGCUAGGAGUUACGACGUACACGGAAUCCCUGGUUCAGUCUUUGAGACUUCGGGAGCUGGAUAUGGCCAAAAAGGUGCGGUGGAUGAUGGUCGCAUAUAAUGCAAGUGCAAAUGCUCUUGGGAUAUUUUCUCCCAUUGUCACAUUCGUUCUGUUUGUCCUUCUAGCUAGAUUGAACGGUUCUGUACUCGACACCGAGACAGCGUUUACAACAACGGCACUACUUGGAUUGGUAACCCAUCCUGCGAAUAUGAUCAUGUCGAUUGUACCGGAAGCUAUAGGUUCAUUGGCAGCUUUUGAGCGGAUUCAGCAGUAUCUCUUACAGCCUCCGCGACAUGAUCAAAGGUUAUUCCCCAAGGAGAUACCCAGCGGUUCAUCAAAAGUCUUGCCAGCCAUCUGCCUCGAAGAUGUUAUCAUUCAGACUUCUACUUCAGCGGCACCACUUCUCAGAAGUGUAAAUCUUGUUAUGAACAGAGGUGAUAUAGUCAUAUGCUCUGGACCUAUGGGUAGCGGCAAAUCGACGCUUGCCAAAGCCAUCAUGGGCGAACUUCCCACAGCAAGUGGAACGAUAUCGGUUUCAUCAAAACGUAUAGCUUACUGUGCACAAUCGCCCUGGCUGCCAAGUGGGACAUUUAAGAAAGCCAUCUGUGGUUUCUUGCCAGAAGAUGCAAGUUGGUACGAAGAAGUUGUCCGGCUUUGCUGUCUCGAAGAUGAUCUUUUGGACCUUCCUGAUGGAGACCACACAAUGAUAGGAAGCCGAGGCAUUAAUCUUUCUGGAGGUCAACGACAACGCGUGGCACUUGCCCGUGCUGUAUAUUCUCGUUGUGAAAUUGUGCUUUUAGACGACAGUUUCAGUGCCCUAGACGGGAGAACAGAGAGCCAGAUCAUGGAAAAUCUUAUCGGUCCGGGAGGUCUCUUCAAAAAGAAGGGAAUAACUGUGCUCCUUGUAACCAACUCGGCGACGUAUUUCCACAUGGCAGACUGGCUAGUUGUACUAGGUGAUGCCUCGAUUAAAUACCAAGGGCCAUGGGCUGGCUUGACACAGAAGGUUGAGCAUGUCCUGAAGGUCCAUGCUAGCGAAAAAUGCAAUACUAAUGUCAAGGAACAACUCCAUGUAGAUGGGGCCAUUCGAAACCAAAGAUUAAAAGUAGCCGAUGCCAUAUCAGACCUAAACAGAGCGACAGGGGAUAUAUCACUCUAUGGCUAUUAUCUCAAAGCUGUUGGCUUUCGAAACUUCCUUCUUCUUGUAGCUUGCACAUCUUCAUAUUCAUUCUUCGUAACGUUUCCUCAAUACUGGUUGGAAAGAUGGACUGCGGCGCCACCCUCCCAAACAAUGUUUUAUGUUGGAGGAUACUUGAUUUCAUCUCUGCUGGCCUGGGCUUUCACUAAUGGCUCAAUGUGGUCUACAUAUAUCCUUAUUGCACCAGAAUCAGGAGCUGAACUACACCGUCGCCUCCUUUCGACCAUCAUCGGGGCUCCACUGUCAUAUUUCUCAGUCACUGACACAGGAGUUAUACUGAACCGCUUUAGUCAGGAUAUCCAGUUAGUCGAUAGACAAUUGCCACCAGCCAUUCUGUCUAUAUUAAAUCAGGUAUUCAAGCUCCUAGUGCAAACAACGUUACUAUUCAGUGCGCAAAAGAUAAUGUCAUUGACGCUUCCUCUUUGCGUGGCGACCGUGUACCUGGUGCAAAGGGUAUAUUUGCGCACAUCGCGGCAGAUACGAUUGCUUGACCUUGAGUCACAGUCUGCAGUUUACUCAAGCUUUCUAGAAUCGGUUGAAGGCGUUGCCACUGUCCGCGCAUUUGGAUGGAAAAAACAGAUCGAGAACCUAAAUAUCGAAUUUCUGGAUAAAUCUCAACAACCCUCGUAUAUUCUUUUCUGUCUCCAACGUUGGCUGAACAUCGUACUUGACCUGAUGGUUGCCACGAUAGCUACAAGUCUGAUCACUCUUGCUGUUUUGAUGAAGGGAUCUACGACUGCUGGACAGAUCGGUAUGGCACUUAAUAUUGUCCUUGUCGCAAAUACAACACUUCUUGGACUUGUGACAUCUUGGACAAAUAUGGAAAUAUCCCUCGGCGCCAUGUCUCGGCUGAAGAGCCUGGAGGCUGAAAUGCCGAAAGAGGACAAACCUUACGAAGAUUAUAUACCUGUUGAGACUUGGCCAUCAUCCGGGGUAGUUGAGUUUGAUGAUGUAACAGUAGCAUACAGCCCAGAAUUGUUAGCACUACAAAAUGUCACACUGAAAGUUCCUGCAGGCCAACAAUUAGUUAUUUGUGGCCGUACAGGCAGUGGAAAGAGUACUCUGCUUCUCACCCUACUACGUCUCCUAGAUAUGAAGUCUGGGUCGAUUAAGAUAGACGGAGUAGAUCUUAGCUUAGUACCACGUUCUCUGAUUCGACAAAGGUGCUUUAUUACAGUUGCCCAGGAUUCAUUCAUCAUUGACCAAGCCAGUCUUCGCUUCAAUCUAGAUCCUUCUUCCUCCUUGUUAGAUGAUACUAUCAUAGCUGCUCUGGAAAGAACAUGCCUGUGGUCACAUUUUCAAUCAGCGAACAUAAUAUCCCCUAAAAAGGCCCACCAGAUAUUGAACAGUUCCAUCACAUCUUUACCGGAAAUGUCUACUGGUCAAGCGCAACUCUUUGGACUGGCACGAGCAAUUCUUCAGCUAGAAUUUAUCAAUUCGGUACCCAGACUUUCGGGAAAGGAUCCCAGCGAUGGGCAUAUCAUGCCGAUUUUACUCCUAGAUGAGGCUACAUCGUCACUUGAUCCGGAGACUGAAUCUGCCAUACACAAAAUCAUACACCAAGAAUUUACAGAGAAAGGAUAUACCGUUAUUACCAUUACGCAUAGGCUGAGCGGUGUGACUGAAAACAUGAGACAUAACCAGGGUAUGGUCGCUUUGCUCUCCAAAGGGAAAGUCGAGAGAACCGGCGUCGUGGAAGAUAUCUUAAGUACGAUACUUUCUGUUAAAUAG